GCGACUUCCAAAGCGAUUUUUUUUACAGUGAGAAGAAAAGAACUUAUCCAGGAUGGACUCUACAAUCAAUAUGAUCAAGCAAAUAAGAUCUCAGCUUGAGGAGGACAGCAGGAUGGAAACACAUGAGAGGGUUAAGAGAAAGAGGGAGCAAAGCCCAGAGAUAAACAACAAAAGACCCCACCAAAAGACAGAGCGAACAAGGGAGAGGAGAAGGAGGAAGAGGGAGAGGAGGAGACAGAGGCUCUUGUAUGAGAAGAAUGAAGAGCAAAGGUGGAAAAGACCAAGAAGCAGCGACAGGGAUGAAGCAGAAGAAGGAGAAAGUGCCUGGAAGAGACCACACAUGGAUGAAGAAAGAUGUGAUCCACUGGACAUUUCCAGCUACAAUUUCCAUCACGAGCUGGGCAAUGGAUCAUUUGGCAAUGUGAGCAAUACAUGCAUGUUUUACUUAUCUGCCAUUAAAUAAAGUACCUAUAGUUAACAGUCAAAAACAAAGGCCCAGGGUUUGAUCAUCUAUUUUUUUCUACAAAUACUGGUGUAAAGGCCAUACAGGGUUGUCACUAGAACUUACUUUGCCCCAUAAGUCUUUAGAACCCCAAAGGGGCCUAAGUUUUUAGCCUGACUGGAACCCUUCUAUGUGGGUGUGCCUGUGUGUUUUUUUUAAAAAUGCAUCUAAGUUGCUUCCAGUUUAGUGAAACUGGUCCUUUGCCCUUUAUCCAUUCUUGGGUAUCCCCUACCUCUAAAGUGGCCUGUGAUUGUGGAAUUAAUUUUACCCCCUUUAUGGCAGCCCUGGAUCUAAAUCAGAAGUCAGACAGAAAUGCCUAUUGAUAGGAACUCAGGAUGGCAGGCCUUAUUUAUUAUU